UUGAUUCGAUUGGUCGAGGCUUGUCGCCAGGUUACCGUACACGAAGUCUCACGACACGUCUAAACAAGUUAAAGUUUUUUAUGUUUAAAUACUAAAAUGUUAGUAUUUAUUUCUUAAAUUUAGUGUUUAUUUAUGUAAUUGUAGAUAUUUUAGUAUUAAAUCACUUUUCCAUUAAGCGUGAGUUAAACUUCAAGUUUAGUGGUCUGGACAGUUGAAAACGUCACAGCAUGCCUUUUUUAAAGACACAACAGACCACUGCACCCCUUAUGAAAGUAUGGGACAAAAAAGCCCAGAAAUGUGGACUGCACCACACCAUCUAUUCGGUCAACGGAGAUCAGUACAGAGGCGAGUGGUGGGACAAUAAAAAACAUGGAAAAGGAAUGCAGGUUUGGAAGCAAGCAGGAAUCAUCUUUGAUGGGGACUGGAGUUGUGGAAAGCGAAACGGAUUUGGACUGCUUGCCAAAUUUGACCACGAGAAGAAAGAAUAUGUGAGGGUAUAUGCAGGGUAUUGGAAGAAUGACAAGAAAGAGGGUGCUGGGACGUAUUUCUACAGUCCAUCUGGUUUUUAUGAGGGUCAUUGGAGUAAAGAUCAUAGAGCUGGAUGGGGAAGAAUGGAGUAUGAAAACGGUGAUGUGUAUGAAGGCCAGUGGCUUGAGGAUAAGCAUCAUGGACAGGGUGUGCUGUUUCUGGCAAAUGGAAACCGCUACGUGGGCACGUGGCGGGACGGAAAGAAGAAUGGCCGUGGCAAGUUCCUCUUUCUGGACAGAGGUCAGUUGUAUGAAGGCCUCUGGGUCGAUGGUGUUGCCAAGUGUGGAACACUGUCUGAUUCUGAGAGAGAAGCAGCACCCAGUCCCACUAUCUAUCCAAUUCCUGAGGUUUGCUUACUGGAUCCACGGUCUGUAUUGAUGGAAGCACAAUCAUAUUUGAUUGAGAAAAAUCAACAAUAGCAUCCUGACAGUACAGUAUUGUGUCUCUUGAACUCAAGAUGGCCGUGCAGUGGAGUAUGGAAAUAUUUUUAUGAACCUGUCUCUGUAUUAAAAUGUGUUACACAUGUUGGUACAUGAUGUCAAAUGCACAAAUCCUCAAUGGAUGAAUUAAAAAACAAACAGGUGUAAAAUGUA